AAGCAUGCGUGGAAGCCCCAACUUACAAGCAUCAAGCAAGCUUUGGUACAGCAGCGCAAGCAACCAAGUAUGAGAACAGCGUUCCUCUUGCUCUUCAACCUGGCGUGCCUCCGCGGUGCCUACUCCGGUGGCGGCCGGAGCCGCUUCACCUCCAUAAUCAGCUUCGGCGACUCCUACGCCGACACGGGUAACUUGGUCAUGUGGCCUGAGCCCUUCUUUCCCGGUCCUCUACCAUUCGAGAACCUCCCCUACGGCCAGACCUUCUUCGGCCACCCCACCGGACGUGUCACCGACGGCCGCCUUGUGCUGGACUUCAUCGCCGAGGCUUUGGGUCUGCCUUUCGUGCCGCCGUACCUCGCCAAGGGGAGCAACUUCUCCGCCGGAGUCAACUUCGCCGUGGCAGGAGCGCCGGCUCUAACCCUGACAUACCUGCAGGGACAGAAUUUGACCGUGAACCCUCCGAUCAACAGCUCCCUCCACGAUCAGCUCGAGUGGUUCCAGAAACUGAAGCCUUCGCUCUGCAAGGGACAAGGUGCUGAUUGCUUCGGGAGCUCCCUGUUUAUCAUGGGAGAGUUUGGGUCAAAUGACUACAGGAACAUCCUUAUGUCCAACAGGACGGUUGAACAAGCCUUAGUUUAUGUUCCUCUAAUUGUUGACAGCAUCUCCAGAGGCGUAGAGUCAUGGCUCAAGCUAAACCGAGGAAAUGACAAUCCCUUGCAGAGACUGAUCCAGCAAGGUGCCAAAUACAUCGUUGUGGCAGACGUCUUCCCGACUGGCUGCAUACCGCCAAUUCUCACAAUGCUCGCUAGCCCAAACAAGGUGAAGUACGAUCGUCAUGGAUGCCUGAAGAGUGGGAACAGGCUCGGGCGCUACCAGAACUCUCUCCUCCGCCAAUGGAUCAAGUUGCUCCGGCACGAGUACCCACAUACGAAGAUCAUCACCGCUGAGUACUACCGACCCGUCCUAGCUUUUCUAGAUAUGCCGGGGCAUUUUGGACUGAACAGCAGCACAACCCUCCUCGCUUGUUGUGGUGCAGGAGGCCCUCCUUAUAACUACGACUUCAACGCAGGGAGGAAGGCCAUACAUGAGCAAGAAUUUCAUUCGCCGCUGUCGACUUUCAGUUUCAUUCAGAAAUACCCUGCAGACCUUGCCUUAAUUCCUCGCGGGGCUUCCGGGACGGCGACCUCCACUGCAGUACAGCAACCUACAGGGGCCAGAAGGAAAACCUGGACACCGCCACUGGAGGGACACUUCAAGCUGAUGGUUGAUGCUGCCAUCUCAAGAAAUAAUGACAGAAGAUGCAUUGCAGUCAUCUGUCGCGAUGAACUGGGUCACUACCAGGGCUCAUCUGAGGUUGUGCUUCAGGACAUGGUUAAGGCCGAGACGCUGGAGGCUAUGGCGUUUAGGGAAGCUUUUGCGCUAGCAUUGGAUAUUGUUGGGUAA